AUGAAUUCACUUCCAUUGAAUGAUGAACACAUUGAUGGACCUAUCCCUGUUGCUGAUGAUGUUGCCAUGGCUGAAACAAAUCAUGCUUCUGAUAUUCAAGAUAGGCUAGAACUGGAUGGUGUUGAUAAACCAACAAAUAAACGACCUGUGAAAUGUCAAAGUUUUGUGUGCAACCGUGCCUUGUUGGAGGAGCAACAAUUGCUUAUUUUGUUCAUAUUUCAUCUGAAGGAGUAUGCUCUAGCUGUAGGCAAAAGACUCCAGCUGAAACAAAACAGACAGCAGGUGAGAUAUCCAGAUCGUAUAACUCUUAUUAGAGGGAACCAUGAGAGUCGCCAAAUUACACAGAUUCGAACAAUUGAUAGAAAGCAAGAAGUACCCCAUGAUGGUGGCAUGUGUGACCUCUUAUGGUCAGAUCCUGCAGAUAUUGUUGAUGGUUUGUGGCUUAACUUCUUACAAAAUUGUCCUAUGAUGACAGCUAAAUUGCUAAUGGGUGCAUAUAGAGUGAUUUUCAUGGAUGAUAUAUCAACUGGGCUUGAUAGUUCAACAACACAUCAAACUGUUAAUUAUCCUAGGCACACAACUCAUGCUUUUGAUGGGACUACAUUCAUUUCACUCUUGCAACCAGAUCGAGAUGUUACCAGUUUUGAGAACCAAAAAUGUAUCGUAGUUCUUGAUGAUCAUGAAUGA